GAGUUUUUACUUAAUUUUUUUAUACUUGUGUAGGUCAAGGGUCAUUUGAACAAUUUUAUGUUUUGAGGAGGUUAUUCCAACGAAUUCCCACGAAAACUUACGGCAAUUUAGCACGGUUUCAAGAUUCUUCUCGAAACCGCGCAAGGACCAAGGUGGAAAAUCAAGAGAAAAUCGAAAAAUUCUCAUCACGAACUCAUUCCCGAUUACAUUUUCUGAAGCAAAAUCGGAAAUGGUCGAGUUUUCGAAAGUGAAUAUCAAGGACUUCGAAGACGACGACGAAGAAGAAGAGGCCGGCGAGGAAGUUGAAUCCGCGCCGCCGCUGGAAGUCGGACAAGAGAGAGAAAUUAGCUCAAAUGGUCUCAAGAAAAUGCUCAUCAAGCGCGGCCUUAACUGGGAGACCCCUCAGUUCGGCGAUGAAGUUACCAUUCACUAUGUGGCGAGUUUGCUAGACGGCAGCAAGUUCCUGUCAACGAGGGCUAGCAACAAGCCAAUCACUCUCAAGGUUGGACAUGGAGAUAUAGUACACGGAUUGGAUCGUGGAAUUGUUACAAUGACAAAAGGAGAAAUUUCAAUGUUCACAUUGCCUCCAGAAAUAGCAUAUGGAGCAGUAGGGAUGAAAGGCGUGCCCCCAAAUUCCAUUGUUCAGUUUGAAGUUGAGCUCUUAUCAUGGACUACAGUGGUCGAUAUCUUCAGGGAUGGUGGGAUCAUUAAACGGGUUCUUGAGAAUGGAGAACAGAUUGGGCCUCCCGGUGACCUAGACGAAGUUCGAGUUAAAUACAAGGCAAUGCUAUCUGAUGACACAGUUGUUGCAAAAACACCAGAAGAGGGCGUGGAGUUUUAUGUUAAGGACGGCAACUUUUGUCCGGCAUUGGCCAAAGCAGAAAAAGCACCUAGGGAGAUGAGUGCUCCAGAGAGGAUUGAGACAGCCGGCCGGAUGAAGGAAGAAGGAAAUCAACUCUUUAGAAGUGGAAAGUACCAAAGAGCUCUAAAGAAAUAUGAAAAGGCAGUUGAUUAUGCCAGCCAAGAUGGAAAUUUCACGGAUGAGGAUGAGAAAAUUUUGAAACCGCUGAGGGUUUCAUGCUGGUUGAAUUGUGCAGCUUGUUGCCUGAAACAGAAUAAUUUUGUCCAAACAAUCAGUCUUUGUUCUAAGAUCCUAGACAUAGAAUCUUGCAACGUGAAAGCUCUGUACAGAAGGGCUCAAGCUUACAUAGGGGUCUCGGAAUUAAUUUCAGCUGAAGCUGACAUUAAAAAGGCUUUGGAAGUAGACCCCCAAGAGAGGGAUGUGAAGUUACUGCAGAAAAAUUUGAAACAACUAGAGAUGGAGAGCAAUAAGAGAGAUGCAAAGCUCUACAAAGCAAUGUUUUCAAAAAGGACUUCAGAUGAAAAUCCUGCUCGGGCAAAGAGAUUGAAAACAGCCGAGGAUGAUAUACAAUACGAAAAUGUUGCAGCUACCAUAAAUGACAAUGUAGCUAUCAAUUCUGCUGAAACGUGA